GGCCAGCCCCGAGGGGCCACGCUUUGUCAUUCGCCAAACAGGAGGCUUGGCCUUGCUUUCGAACAUUCGAGCUGUGCCCAGGGUGUGGGUUUGGGUUCCAGGAGGCUGAGUGCUGGGUAACAGACAUUAUGAAGGAAUGCCCUUGUGUUUCAUUUCAGUCUGAGGGUCGGAGAAAGCCUUGUGGAAGGACCUUCACCUCUUGUCACCAGUUGGCAUUCAGUGUGACUUGCAUGCAUCACGGAGCUGGACAUGAUUUCCACACGGGUGAUGGACUUUAAGCUUCGGGAGGCUGCCGAAGGCCUGGGGGAGGACAGCACAGGGAGUCGAGGGGCGCGCUGGGCGGCCGGGCCCUCUCACACGACAGCAUUUUCAUUCCGGAGUCGGGACAGGACCCCGCGAGGCCCGUGCGGGUGUUUUCCCAAGAAAACGUGUGUGACCGGAUUAAGGCUCUGCAGUUAAAAAUACAGUGCAAUGUGAAAAUGGGGCCGCCACCCGCUCCGGGGGGCCUGCCUGCCAAGCGGGGAGAUGACGCCGGCAUGAGUUCUGAGGACGACGGGCUGCCCAGGAGCCCCCCAGAGAUGUCCCUGCUGCACGACAUCGGUCCCGGCACAACCAUCAAGGUCUCUUUGGUUUCCUCGUCCCGGCCGCCCUCUCCAGACCAGCCCUCCUCCAGGCCCCCGAGCGACGCCCCCGCCUGCCCCCGGACCGCAGCCAGCAGCGUGGCGCCGGUGGCUGAUUUCAGCUGCCCCCCAGAAUCCUCCUCCUGCCUGGACAACUCCGCAGCCAAGCACAAGCUCCUGGUUAAGCCCCGCAACCAGCGCUCCAGCAAAAUGAGGCGCCUGUCCUCGCGGGCGCAGUCCGAGUGCCUGAGCGACCUGACCUGCACCCCCGAGGAGGAGGAGUCCGACGAGAAGCCGGUGCCCACAGUCAGCACAGAGGAGACGCCCAGUGCUGGGCAGCAGGCUGGGCCCAGGGGACUGGCCCCCGUGCUGCCGCCUGGGAGGCCCCGUGCUAGGCGGGCGCAGUCUGAGGCCCUGGGCGACUUGACCUGCACCCCCGAGGAGGAGGAGUCCAACGAAAAGCCGGUGCCCACGGUCAGUGCAGAGGAGACGCCCAGUGCUGGGCAGCAGGCUGGGCCCAGGGGGCUGGCCCCCGUGCUGCUGCCUGGGAGGCCCCGUGCCAGGCGGGCGCAGUCUGAGGCCCUGGGCGACCUGACCUGCACCCCUGAGGAGGAGGAGUCCGACGAGAAGCCGGUGCCCACAGUCAGCGCAGAGGAGACGCCCAGUGCUGGGCAGCAGGCUGGGCCCAGGGGACCGGCCCCCGUGCUGCUGCCUGGGGGGCCCCGGGCCAGGCGGGUGCGUCUGCAGCACUGCCCCGCGCUCAGCGCCAGUGCUGAGGAGGAGGAGAGCCCCCCCGGGGACGACCCCUCCAGCCGCCAGGCCACCCUGGAGGUCACGGAGCCCGUGCCAGGCCCCGCCCCCUGCUUGGAGUGCCCACUUUUGCCAGAAGACUCCCCACACCCUGACCCCGACAGCAAACGUCAAAGGGAGGAGCCAUCCCUUGAAAGCGCACGUCCACCCUCCAAGGACGCAGCUGGAGAGGGGGGGUGCGCUUCUGGAGACGCCGAGAGUUCAUCGCCCCGCAUCCCUGAGGAGGACACGGCACCGCCUGGGACCGGCCCGGCCGUCCCCUCGGAGACUCCCCCUGGUCCCGACGGGCCAGGCCACGAUGCGCAGGAGCAGGCGGAGCUGACGCUGGCAGUGCCCGGUCCCAGUCCAGAGGGCGCAGAGGGCACAGAGGGCUCGGAGGACUUCGCCCCCAGCCCCCCAGCCUCCAAGAGCUGCUUGAAGCACAAGGCGCCGGCGAGCAGGAGCCUCAGCGUGUCCCCCACACCGCCCGCCUCCGAGUCACCUCCACAGGAGCCCAGCCCCUGUGCCCUGGACAAGGAAGCCGCCCCCCUCCAGUCCCCCAGGGCUGAGCAGGGCGAGUCCCCACAGCGGGGAGCCGAGAGGGAGGCCCCGGAGCCGAAAACUGGGAGAGGAGGCAGCAAGCCCCGGGGCGGGAAGAAGUUCUCCGUGGCCUCAGGCCGGGCGUGGCCGCACACAGGCCACAGAGAGCGGCCCGCGCGCCCGGGCCCCCCUGCUGCCCCCUCCUCUGUCCGGCUGCCCCUGCUGAGGAGCAGCGCGGCCUGGAGGAGCGAGGCCGCCCUCGAUGACCUCCAGGCACCCCCGGAGCGCCAGAACCCAGAACUGGAGCCUCAGGAGCCACCGUCACCCGCUGAGCGUGGCUCUCAGGACUCGGGGAGCAGGGUGGCCAGCCAGGCCGGGCCCGGGCAGAACCCCCCGGAGGCAGUGGCCACACCAGCCACAAGAGAGCCCCGCCUCUCCGCCCAGGAGCCGCGCCCGUGUGGGGACAGGAGCCCCUUCCCCGUCAAGCUCCGGUCCACGUCUCUCUCCUUCAAACACAGAGACGUGGCCGUGCCGGAAGGGAAAGGAGUCAAGAGGUACAGUGCUGAGGUCCGGCUAGAAAAAGGAGGACUGGCUCUGCUCUCGAAAGAUGACAGGUGUCACGUGGGGGCGGUCCCCACGAUUCGGGGGACCAGGCCCCCCAACGGACAGGGGAAGGGGAAGGCCCGGUCAUCGGAGCAGCCGGGCUCCAAGCCGCCCCUGCCCAGGAAGCCGCUUCUGCAAUCCCUCACCCUCCCGUACCCGCCCGCGGGCCCCGACGUGAGCCCUGGAGAGCUGGACAAGGCCGCACCACCCCCGGGCCCCAGAAAGGAGAGUCGGACGGUGGAGAAACGGUUGCCCCGCCGGGGAGCUGAGAAGGGCCUGCCUCCCGCAGCAUCGGGGCCUGGAGCCGAGGGCCAGUCGGGGCCGCCCUGGAUCACCAUCACCCCACAGAAGCGGCGAGGGGCCCCCGAGCAGCCACCCAACCAGGAGGACAAGCCUGGGGCCCAGACCCUGAAGCCCGAAAUAGGAAGGGCAGCCAGGGCACCCGAGAGAGCCCAGGAGCCCGUGAGGCAAGCCGACUUCAUCCGCAGCAAGUCUUUCCUGAUCACCCCGGCGAAGCCCUCCGUGGACCGAAGGCAGGGGACCAAGCUCUGCCUCCAGGAGGGGCUGCAGAGAGGGAUCUCCUUGUCCCAUCAGAACUUGGCAGCUCAGUCUGCAGCGAUGGCGGAGAGAGAGCUGCACCAGCUGAAGAGAGCCAGCUACGCCAGUGCGGAGCAGCCGUCCUGGAUGGAACUCGCCAGAAAGAAGUCUCAAGCUUGGAGUGACAUGCCCCAAAUUAUAAAAUAGGUUGGCAGCGUGUGACAAAAAGCGUCCACCACCUUGACGGGUCCCUUAGUGAAAAACGGCCACUAAAGGCAAAGACACUGAAACGUAAGAGUGAUUUUUAUCAUCCGGUUAUGGGAGGGCGGGCUUGGGGCGGAACGAGCCAGCCAAACAAGGACAGACACACAGCCACAGGCCUGGCCAGCAGGGCCCGAAAACAAGAAGACCAUUGAAAAGGUGUUCAGGGAACAAGGCCCGGUGCCCAGAGGCCUGAAUGCCAGUCUUUCAGAAAUCCCUUGAUCAAAGGAGCUCUGACACGGAAGAAAAAGGCAAUGAAACGCGGAUGCAAAACCGGGACCUGGAGAACGUGUGUCUGUGCCCCCAGCUGAGAUCGGCUUGUGUCUGUGGCCGGGGUCUUGCCUGCGGAUCCUGUCUUCUCCUCUCCUUCCCGAUGGGGCAUGAUAUUUAUGGACGUAAGGAUGCCGCUUCCAAGAGCAGCGCUAGAGCAUGCCGCUUCCAAGGACAGUCCCUCUGUGAAGGGGCGGGAAGCACACAGCAGGCGCAUCAGCUCACAUAGACCGUUUCCAACAACAAUUUUUAAAUUUUUCCACGAGGCAUCUGUGUCCUUAACCGUUGCACAACGCAUUGCCUGUUCAAUAAAAGGGUUCAAACACG